AUGCCUUCACUACAAGAUCCUGAGCAUUUCUGCUUCUGGCUUGCAUCUUUAUCAAACCGGCGUCCUCAUGAAAGGUUGGAUCUCCUACGCUUGCGAGAUACAAGAGAGAGAAUACAAUGCGAACUGAGAUAUCUCACAGCAAAAGAGCAGGGUUGUCAAAUGCAGUGA